CCGGGAACCGCUCCCGCAUCGACGACUCGACCUCAACCCUCCUCUGUCCGUUCGUCGACGUACGGUGAAUCAGACACCGGGUCAGACUGCCAGGUCCAGUUCAGCAUGAAGCGUGCCUACAAGCCCGGCGUUUUCUCAUCCUUUUGGAAUUGAGUUUCAUCGAGGUCUGUACAGGAACACCUGCCUGUUCACACGUCACUUCACUUCGGACGCGCCUCGUGAUAUCAUCGACCUCCUUCUUUCUGGCACAGAAGGAGACGACAGCCAUCGAGCCUCCUCACCCAAGUCCACACCACUUCAGAUCUUCCAGCUGAUAAAGGCGCCCUCGUUGGAAGUAUUUCUUCCAGAGCAGGUCCGACAGCAAUGGGUCCUUGACGAGACCGCCGUCGACAUGGCCUUCUUGACGAUCCGUGAAUCCGCACACAUCCUCCAUUUCCCUACCUCGUUGGCAUUCUACGUUCCCCAGAUACCUGGAAGUGCCCCCAGACGCAUGCGGUGAGCCAAUGCCGGUUCGAUUUCCGCUGCCCUCGCUUCCGAGUAGCAAAGGUUGGAACGCUGGGUGCUUCGUUGAGGGUGUUGUCCCCUCCGUCGUUCACACUCUCUUCCUCGAUCGUCCUCAUUAGCCCGCCCGACGACCCAUCCAUGCCCUUCGUACACCCCGCCUCCGACUUCCCCUCCCCACCAGCGCCGCGAUACCCGUCAGAGCGCCCCCCCUCCUCCGACUCCUGAACGAACCAUGCCUUCUCCAGCCGCCCUUACAUACGGCCCCAUCUUCAUCGGCGUCGUCCUCAACAUUCUCCUUUAUGGCAUCAUGAUCACCCAAACCUACCUCUAUUUCAACGUUUACAGAAAGGAUCGACUAUGGAUGAAGCUCUUCGUCGCCCUACUUUUCCUCUGCGAUACCCUCAACUGCGCCUUCGAUAUCACCUUUCUCUACAUUCCCUUGGUCAACAACUUUGGAAACGAUUCGGCGCUGAUGUACGCGAGUUGGGUUUUCGCGACUGACCCAGUCAUGACAGCUCUCAUCGGAAGCCUUGUACAAUGCUUCUUCGCUUGGCGAGUCAAGGUCCUCACCAACAGCUGGCCUGCCGUCUUUUUCAUAGCCACCUGUGCUAUCGUUCAAUUCUGUGGCGGCCUCGGCACCUCCAUCGCAGUCGGUAUGAUCCCAGAAUUUGUCCAUUUUCAAAAGUUCGAGGUCAUCGUCAUUGUCUGGCUCGCAUUCUCCGCAGUGGCAGAUUGCGCAAUCACCGUUGCUCUUGUCUGGCACCUUCGUAAGCAUAAGACAGGAUUUGCCGCCACCGAUGAUAUCGUGAACCGGAUCAUUCGACUGACCGUGCAGACUGGUCUUAUCACGGCUUUGUGUGCCCUUGUGGACCUGGUUCUGUUCAUUGCCACACCGGCGGGCCUGCAUCUCCUCUUCAACCUCCCACUUUCAAAGCUCUACACCAAUUCGCUGAUGUCCAGUCUUAACUCUCGGUCUGGAUGGAGGUACGGUAGCGGAAAUGGUGAAACAACCUCAGACGAGAACAACCGCACCGACCAUGCCCGCCAUCUGAGCACCCGUGGAGAGACUAGGCGGGUUAGCAUGAUGCCUCCGAAUCAGGUCUAUAUCGAUGUUGAAUCCCACGAGAUGGUCGACGUUAUUGACGGCAAAGUGCUUCCCGGAGGGGCGCCUCUCGCAAGCAUGCCGAGCAGGGCAUAUAGUGAGAAGGGCGGAAGGCUAAGUGCGCCCAACCGUUCUGAUUCGUUCUGAUCGGGCUAGGAGCCAAAUGAUGAGCAUCUUCCGCCAUGACAUAUGCGAUUGUAUCGUUAGCAGUACGUGUGUUCACUCUAGCUAUUUGUGUAACCAAUGUUGUAAAGCGAAACCUCCGCUGUAUUCUGAUGUAGCAACAAUUUU